GCUUCCGAAGCACCCAAGAUGGAGGAGAGAAUGGAAGUCUUUGUCUCCGGCGUCCGCCCUUCUCUGGGAGAGUGCUCUGAGCUUCUCUCUCCCAAACGAACACCUAGACUGGGAGAUGGCUCUAGACGCCAUCUGACCACCUCGCCUCGUUCCAAAUUCUGCCAGCUGAGUCCAGGACAUCACAAGGAGCCUCACAGCCCAGGCUACUCUGCACAGUUUAGCUGUGUUCCAGGAGUUCCCGUGACACACUCCACCAACCACGCACCACCCACCUUUCUAGCCUUGCUUCCCUCUCCAACCACGGCCCCCCAGCCCCUCUCUGGACCCCUACUGGGUCUCACCGUAGAGACUAGAUCGGCCUCACCAGUUUUAGCAGGACAGGCAAUCCCCCCACGCCCGGCGGCUUUAUCUGAACUUCAGAAAUUUCUUGUGCCCACCCCGGCUCCUGCAAGCUCUCGCAGCCGCUUGUGCAGGACCAAGUUCCGCCAUGCCGAAGUGCCCCAAGUGCGACAAGGAGGUGUAUUUCGCUGAGCGAGUGACGUCCCUAGGCAAGGACUGGCAUCGGCCCUGCCUGAAGUGUGAGAAAUGUGGGAAGACACUGACCUCCGGGGGCCAUGCCGAGCAUGAAGGCAAGCCCUACUGCAACCAUCCCUGCUACUCAGCCAUGUUUGGGCCCAAAGGCUUUGGGCGAGGUGGAGCUGAGAGCCACACUUUCAAGUAGACCCAGGUUGUGGAAACCCUCCCUACCCGCCCAGGCACAUGCCAGGCCUUAACCCUAGACAGCAGGGGCUCUCAGUAGCCCUUCAUGCCCUUAAUAAACCUGAUCUUUUGGAAGACCUGUGUGCUUGUCUA